AGGCAGAGCACAAACUAAGAGAAGAAAGGGCAGACAUGAGAAGCCAGCUCCAAAAGACACUUCAAGGAUGGCCUCAAUCACUUGUUCUAAUUGCAUUAAAGUUGGCCAUAGGUACACCAACUGCCAUAUUGAUUUGAAACCUGCACUAGCCAUGAGAAAGAACAGGCAUGAUCCAAGCAGCUCUUCUUACCCACCUGAUGCUGCUACUUCUGCCUCAUCUGCUGCACGAGCAAGAAGGGUUGCAUCUACUGCCACUGCACCAGCACCAGCAAGGAGGACUCCAUCUUCUGCCACUGCACCAACACCCGCAAGAAGAACUCCAUCUUCUACCACUGCACCAGCACUAGCAAAGAGGACUACAUCUUCUGCCACUGCACCAGCACCAGCAAAGAGGACUCCAUCUUCUGCCACUCCACCAUCAACAAGAUCUGCUACUACUGCUGCAAAGGGUAAGGCUCCAGCUACUAGGGCUUCAACUGCUGCAAAGGGAGCAAUGGCAGCUUUCUUGCUCCAAGACCAAACAGUGGUUCCCAGAGAGUCAGAAAGCCAACCCAGAAGAUCAAGGACUCCCUGACUGCUUCUGGUGCAGCAUGGGAUUGAU